AUGUCUUUCGACUACAACCCCAACACAGAUAUUCCAAGCCUAGAGGGGAGGUCUAUCUUCAUCACAGGAGGAACUAGCGGCCUAGGCGCAGCCUCAGCACUGCACUUUGCCAAACAUAACGCGGCCCGAAUCUACAUCAGUGGUCGCAACGCAAAGAAUGCAGAAAGCAUAUCCGGCCAAAUUCGGGACAGUGGCUCCAAUACAGAGGUAGUAUUUAUAGAAUGCGACCUCUCUUCUCUAUCCUCUGUCAAGGGAGCAGCAGAGCGUCUACUGUCCCAGACACCAAUACCAGAGCUUGACAUCCUCAUGUGCAAUGCGGGGAUCAUGUCCCGCCCAGCGGGCCUGACAGCCGAUGGCUAUGAGGUCCAAUUUGGGACAAACCAUCUGGGUCACGCUCUACUCAUUCGCAAGCUUCUCCCGCUUUUGGAUCGCACAGCUCGCGAAGGUCGAGACGCACGCAUUAUAAUUCUAUCGUCAUCGGGCUACGCCCUCCACCCCAGAGGCGGUAUCCUUUUUGAUAGCCUAGAAAGUACUCAGGAGUUUUGGAUCGGUGGACCGUGGCAGAGAUACGGGCAAAGCAAACUGGCAAAUCUGCUCUAUGCACGCGAGAUGGCUGGUCGAUAUCCCCAUCUGACAGUCGUGGCAGUACAUCCUGGCUAUGUUGCAACCGGAUUGGUGAAUAAUAUGAGUUGGAAGGAGAGACUGAUUACAUUGGCGCUGUUUUGGUGGGUGCUUAUUCAACCACACGAGGGUUCAUAUAACCAGAUCUGGGCUGCGACUGCGCCCAGACAGACGCUUAUGAAUGGAGCUUAUUACGAGCCGGUUGGAAGAUUGGGAGUUGAGAAGUUGGACGAGACAGCUAGGGAUGAGGAUGGUCGACUGGCGAGGGCGUUAUGGAACUGGACGGAAGAGGCUUUGAAGGGGCUUUGA